GCCACCUCCCGUAUGUGCAGGACGCUCUGGCUGGCCGGUUCGUCAAAACUCCUCCUUUCGGAAACAAACACUUGAUCUUGAACUCGGAGGGAAAUAACACGGGACGACUGGUAGAGGGAUGGUAUUUUGCUGAGAAACACAACAAACAUGACAGAGAAAAUCUUAAUAGAAAAGAACUCCAAUGUAAAAAUUGUCAAUAAUGUCGAAAAGGGAAACAGCAAGCUCUCAAACGAAGAACAAGCGUAUAAAAUUUUGCUGGAUGAAGAGGCAAUCCAGGACACGAGAUGCGGCAUCGGACCGUUCAGAUCCAGGUGGCUGCAGUUCCUGGCGCGCAAGGAGGUUUACUUGAUAGUGUACUGCUUAGUGGGCCUCACCAACGGCAUGUUCUUCACCUACAGCGUUUCCGUUAUCUCGACAAUUGAGAAGAGAUUCAAGCUCACUAGCAAGCAAAUGGGUACCACGCUCAUAGGCAACGACAUCUCCCAGGUAAUCCUUGCGAUUUUCUUGGGCUACUAUGGCAAUUUCGGCCACCGCCCACGAUGGAUGGGCGUGGGCAUCAUGACGGCGUCCAUGUCGGCUUUUGUGGCGGCCAUUCCUCACUUUAUCUACGGCCCAGGUCAAGACGCAAUUGACCUCGUUGAGGAAACAAGCGCUAAUCUUCUCGGCACUUACAAAGAAUUUAACAAAACGAAGAAAGUGGAGUUGUGCUACUCUCAGCCCGAGGACACAUGCAACGCGGAGAACGGCGGCGGCGGCGGCUCCAUCAUAGCGCCCGUGAUUUUCCUCUUCUUCUCGCAGUUCCUCGUGGGCAUCGCUGUUAGCAUAUUCUAUAGCAUAGGAGUCACGUACCUCGAUGACAAUAUCAAUAAGAAAACAUAUCCUAUCUAUUAUGCGGCCACCUUGUUGCUAAGGAUCCUGGGCCCGGUCCUCGGAUACCUUUCGGGGGGCAAGUUCCUCUCCAUGUGGAUCGACCCUACAUACAGCCCGAACCUGAGCAAGCGAGACCCACGGUGGCUGGGCGCUUGGUGGCUGGGGUAUCUGGUGAUUGGAAGUGUCCUUCUUAUCUCCGGCAACUUGCUCUUCCUCUUCCCGCGGAAACUGCCCGAGGCGGUAAGGAGGGAAGCGAAGAAAGUGGCGAGACAGGUCGAGAAGGACGCGGAAGAGGGAGGCAAUCGAAGCGUGGAAUACUUCGCGGCGUUGAUCAAGAAGAAGAAAGUGGAAGAGAGACCGACUUUGGACAAUCUGAGGAAGGCCCUGAAACGCUUAUUCACGAACAAGAUCUGGAUGGGCAACCUCUUCAACACGUGUACCAUCGUCCUCGCCAUGUCUUGCUACUGGAACUUCAAGCCUAAGUACCUCGAGAAUCAGUUCAGGAGGAGUGCGGCUGAGGCCAAUUACUAUACAGGUGUUGCCAGUCUGGCCUCAGUGUCCUUAGGCACGGCGUUGGGCGGCGCCAUCAUGCGCUGGGUGCGGCCCGGUCCCCGAUUCGUCUCAGGAUACAACAUCUUCAUCACCCUCUUUACCUGCGCCGGGUUUAUUGUCCUGAUGUUCAUCGGCUGCGAGAAGCUUGAGAUCGUUGGCCCUGUCGGCAGCCAAACGGUCCCUUCUUGCUCGUCGGACUGUGGCUGCACGGACAAGUUCUCGCCGAUGUGCUCUGAGGACCAAGGGACACUCUAUUACUCGCCUUGCUACGCCGGCUGUACCGUUGCUAAUACGACUGUUAGCCCCAUUGCCUACAGCGAAUGUUCCUGCAUCACGAAUGCCACCGCCUUCGUGUCAACACCGAACCCCGUCGUUAAUAUUUCGUACACGCAGGAUGGACAGAAGAGUAUGUUUGGUGGAGGCACAAGCAGCUACUGCCCUGAACCAUGCAACAGUUUCUUCUAUUACCUUAUUGUGCAAAUUGUGAUCAAGACAGUUACUGCUACUGCCAGAGUCAGCAGCAGCGUCAUUCACUUACGCUCCGUGGAGGACAAAGACAAAGGAGUCGCCUUGGGAGCUCUGACAGCUUUCCUCAGCUGUUUCGGGCUCAUUCCUGGACCCAUCAUCAUGGGAGCCGUAAUAGAUUCUACCUGCUUGCUGUGGGACAUGUCCUGUGGGAAGAGAGGAAAUUGCUGGUUGUAUGACUCGGACACGUUUAGGCUGGCCAUACAUCUGAUCCCUGCGGUAUUCACCUUCAUCUCGGUGUUCGGCGACAUCAUCGUGUUCUACUACAGCCGCCAGCUCGACCUGUACGGCGAAAGGGACAACGAAAUCAAAGAAGAGAAAGAAGCGGGUGAAACAGUUGAAUCGAAACCUCUGAACGUGGUCGAAGAGGAAACGAUCGACUCCACAGGGACGAGUGAUAUGGUUCUAAGUGGUUGAUCACAUUUGUCCUGUAAUGAAAAUGUCUGAAAACUAUAGUGAUUUAAAGACUGUUUUUCAACAAUGCGGCGUCACAUUUUUGCAUAACAUUUAGAAUUGAUAAAAAAGUGUACAGGCGAAAUAUAAGUAUACUUCAAUUCCGUGUUCAUAACGAAUAGAGAUCCAUAAACGGAACAAAUAAUCAAGGACGACUAAAGGUACACGAGAUGCCUUGUUUUUUAUUUGGAAUAGGAAAGGUACAAAGAGUAAAAUAUAUAAAUCACACACACACGCGCGCGCGCGCGUAUAUAUAUAUAUAUAUAUAUAUAUAUAUAUAUAUAUAUAUAUAUAUAUAUAUAUAUAUAUAUAUUUGAUAAACUGAAAACGGAUAUUCAUCGGUAAUUCUCUCUUUCUCAACACGUCUGCCGUAACUGUUCUGCCUGAUUGUAUAAUCUGUUUCGUCCAUGGUCAGGUAAACAAAAUUAUCACAUAAUUUCAGUCUUGUUAAUGUAAGCUUUUCGUUGUCUUGUGUUGCAUUUCCCACAGUUUCAGGGACCGGGGUAGUGUUUUUGUACUUGGAUCUUUGAAUAACCUUCUCGUUUAUGAAGUUAUUUGAGGACAUUGUGUUCUUGUUGUUUGGAUUUAGGGUCCAUUGACUACCACAUUUUUAUUCUAUAAACGGAUUUUCCUUUUAUUUGUUUUCCUUUUCGACAAUAAAUGUGGUGCAUGUCAACCAGCGCAAAUCCACUUAAUAUCACACAGAGCUGGCAUCUAAAUGAUAUUUUACUGAUAAAUAACACUUUCGUUUUGUGAUAUCUGUACAAGAACCAAUAAAUUCUGUAAACUA